AAACAGGAACAUGGGACAUGGGGUAAGAAUAUAUACAACUCAAUACUACGCGUAGGCAUACAACUCACUUAGAUAACCAGUUUUGCAUCUAUUUCGGAGUCGCUCCAUUUUCCUCUAUUACGGCAAUGUUUUUCUAAAAUAGUACCAGUCAGCUUUGACGCUACCCAUUUACACGCUCCACUCAGUUUCGUUUACCCUAGUACCUGUGUGCGUACAACAUCCUUAAUUAAUCCAAAUCGCCAUUUAUUAAAAAUCUCAAACGACCCAUUUGGCUGUUUUAUUUUUCCUGGUCGAUUCACCUGUGCAAAUUAACCAUGGAUGAGGAGUAUGAUGUGAUUGUGCUGGGCACUGGCCUCAAAGAAUGCAUAAUCAGCGGCCUUCUGUCUGUCGACGGGCUCAAGGUGCUGCAUAUGGAUAGGAAUGAUUAUUAUGGGGGAGAAUCUACAUCACUUAAUCUUGUACAGCUUUGGAAGAAGUUUCGGGGUAGUGAUAAGCCACCUGCACAUCUGGGACCGAGUAGGGACUACAAUGUUGACAUGAUCCCCAAGUUUAUGAUGGCGAAUGGUGCUUUGGUACGAGUCCUCAUUCACACAGAUGUCACGAAAUAUUUAUAUUUUAAGGCUGUAGAUGGAAGCUAUGUAUACAACAAGGGAAAGAUACAAAAGGUUCCAGCCACUGACAUGGAGGCUUUAAAAUCUCCUCUUAUGGGGUUGUUUGAAAAGCGUCGUGCACGGAAAUUCUUUAUAUAUGUUCAAGAUUAUGAGGAGAGUGAUCCAAAAACACACGAGGGGCUGGACUUGACAAGAGUAACAGCAAGAGAACUUAUUGCAAAAUAUGGACUAGAUGACAAUACUGUGGAUUUCAUUGGUCAUGCUCUUGCACUUCAUCGAGAUGAUCGCUAUCUAGAUGAACCAGCAUUAGAAACUAUCAAAAAAAUGAAGCUUUAUGCAGAGUCACUUGCACGCUUUCAAGGAGGGUCACCUUACAUAUACCCAUUAUAUGGGUUAGGCGAACUACCUCAGGCAUUUGCACGUCUUAGUGCCGUUUAUGGUGGAACUUAUAUGCUUAACAAACCAGAGUGCAAGGUGGAGUUUGAUGAAGAAGGUAAAGUGUGUGGUGUAACCUCUGAAGGAGAAACUGCAAGAUGCAAAAAAGUAGUUUGCGAUCCAUCUUAUUUAACGAACAAGGUUAAGAAAGUUGGAAAGGUUGCUCGUGCAAUCUGCAUUAUGAGUCAUCCCAUUCCAAACACCAAUGAUGUUCAGUCAGUACAGAUCAUUCUGCCUCAGAAGCAAAUUGGACGCAAAUCUGACAUGUAUGUGUUCUGUUGUUCUUAUUCGCACAAUGUUGCUCCCAAAGGGAAGUACAUUGCUUUUGUUUCAACAGAAGCUGAAACUGAUAGGCCUGAUUUAGAAUUACGACCUGGAAUAGCUUUGCUUGGACCAGUUGAUGAGAUGUUCUUUGACACAUAUGAUAGAUGUGUGCCGGUUAAUGAACCUUCUCUGGACAAUUGCUUUAUAUCAACUAGUUACGAUGCAACAACACAUUUUGAGACAACAGUGCAGGAUGUGCUUGCUAUGUACAGUAGCAUCACUGGAAAGGAGUUGGACCUGACUGUUGAUCUAAGCGCAGCAAGUGCAGCUGAAGAAUGACAAACUCUCCAGUAUUAACCUUAAUUAGUUGAACUGUUCUUUGAUGCUACAUUUGUACUGCAGAUGUGGUGUAAAAUUGUGUUGAAAAUGUUCUGUUAUUUGUAUUUAUAUUCAGUAGACAUUUUCCUGAAAUACCAUUUUAAUUCCUAUGGUUCAGCUUUUCUGCUCA